CGGGCAGCUCCACCUUGACAUCAAAGGGUCCAGGUGCUGUGUCAGGACAUGCCACCCUUCUGGUGUCUCGUAUUUCUUGGGGGCCUCCUGCCCCCCUCCCAUGGCCUCCUCAACCUGCUGAACCCAGCAAAACCCAGCAGUGGAGGACAGCCUGGUGGCAUCCUUGGUGGGAAAGGCCUUGCAUCAGGCCUCCUUGGAGAAGGACUCGGCACAGGCGUCCUUGGAGGAGAAGGACUUGGCACAGCUGUCCUUGGUGGGAAAGGCCUUGCAUCAGGCCUCCUCGGAGAAGGACUCAGCUCAGGCCUCCUUGGUGGAGAAGGACUCGGCUCAGGCCUCCUUGGUGGAGAAGGACUUGGCAAUAAUCUCCUCGGCAAUGGUCUCCUCGGCAAUGGCCUCCUUGGCAAUAACAGCCUUCUUGGACAGACAGGGCUGCUUGGAAAAGGAGGUCUUCUAGGCAAUGGAAGUCUGCUUGGACUUGAUGGUCUUCUGGGUGGAGCAGGAGGACUUCUGGGUGGAGCAGGAGGACUUCUGGGUGCAGGAGGACUGUUGGGUGAUGGAGCUUCCCAAAAGACACUACGUUAUGCAUGGCUGAAGGUGCUGAACCUUGAGAAUGCCCGAGUGUCAUGGAAGGUCCUUCGUGGGACUGAGCUUGUGCUGAACCUGUACUCGAAGCUGGUGCUUCGCUUUCCAGGGAUUUUUCAGUUUCUGAGUGGAUCCUCAGUAGAAGCAAACAUCACAUCACACAUCACCCUAACCCAGGACUCCCCUGGUGACCUCAAGUUGGUGCUUGAGGAUUGCAACAACCUCCUCGGUGGCUUCAGUGUCAACCUGCGGAAGGGCCUCCUCACCAAUCUGGUGAGCAGCUUGCUGAACAAGUCUCUUAAGUCUCUUGUUCCUGCGCUGUUCUGCCCUUUAGUGAACGUCUGGGUCCGCAUCAUCAACAUUAACCUGCAAUUCCUCAACCGUGUCAUCUCCUUUGGGCUUCUGGGGAAAAUCUACUCUGCCCUCUCCAAACUGCCAGUGACAUCUGGGCACUAUGUGGAGCUGGAUCUGCAGGAUUCCCCAUUCCCAAGCACCUUCAUCGACUGGCUCCUUAAGACUGCAGGUGUCGAUCCUGGGAUCAGUCCAUAGCUGUGGGACCGGCAGCACC